UUGUUUGUUGUUGGCACAGGGUAUAGUCACUCACUCUGUGCUCUUUACCUGACUGCUGAGACACACCUGCUGACCGCUCAGACAUACCUGCUGCCCCCUGUCACAGCACCUGCAGGUCGGAACACAUAAUCGGACGGACAGAGAAAUGAAAUGAGACUUUUUUCCUUGAGAGUUGGAUGUUUUUUGGCGAUCGCCAGUUUCGCUUCGCUGUCUUGGAUUAUAUCGAGUCCCAGUGAUGAAGUGUCUCUAGGUGAAGCAGACCUGCAGAUCCUGUAUAAGCGUCUGCUGGGGGCCGAGGAGCAGGCAGAACAGGUCAGCCAGGAACUCGGCAGCAUCGUGGAGCAUCUGAAGAACAUGUCCAGAGCCGCCAACUCCACCCAACCCCCCCGGAAUAUCUCCACCACCAUCUCCACAGAAACAAUCAAGCUGCACUCAAAAGAUGCCAUCCCACCGAUGUUCCUUCAGCCCCAGAUUUACCAGUACAUGCCCCACCUCAGACUCCAUCCGGACAGCCUGCUGCCCAACGUGCUGCUGGGACAGGGACGCCGCGGAGUGUCCAUGGUGCUGGGCAUCCCCACAGUGAAGCGUGAGAAGCAGAGCUACCUGAAGAACACACUCACCUCUCUGUUGUACAGCCUGACCGCCUCAGAGCAGACAGACCUCCUCAUGAUUGUCUUUGUUGCUGAGACGGACUCAGACUAUGUGGGCAGCGUAGCAGAGACCGUCAGGACCAAUUUUCCCCAACAGGUGAAGUCCGGGCUGCUGGAGGUUGUCUCUCCUCCUAAGCAUUACUACCCCAACUUUACCCACCUCAAAGAGAGCUUAGGGGACUCCAAGGACAGAGUCAAAUGGCGAACAAAGCAGAAUCUGGACUUCAGCUUCCUCAUGCUCUACGCUCACAACAAAGGAAGCUAUUAUGUUCAGUUAGAGGAUGAUAUUGUUGCGAAGGCCGGCUACUUCAACGCCAUGAAGACAUUCGCCACCCAGAAUGAUUCCAAGCAAUGGCUCUUCCUGGAGUUCUCCCGGCUCGGAUUUAUAGGCAAGAUGUUCCGAACCUGGGACCUCCCGAUGAUUACGGAGUUCUUCCUGAUGUUCCACAAAGACAAACCCGUCGACUGGCUGUUGGAUCACAUCCUGUGGGUGAAAGCCUGCCACCCAGAGAAAGACGCAAACCACUGCAUACAGCAGAAGGCAUUGCAUAAGAAGAGAUACAAGCCCUCCCUCUUUCAGCAUGUGGGCCUCCACUCCUCUCUGCCUGGGAAGAUCCAGUAUCUGAAGGAUACAGAGUUUGGAAAGCAGGCUCUGUAUCAGGUCCACAGUAACCCAGCCGCAGAGGUCAGCAGCAGCCUGACACACUACCAGCAGCACAGUCUGCAGCGGGCUUACACAGGGAAGGACUUCUUCUGGGCAUUAACACCCGUCAAGAACGACUACAUCCUCUUCAUGUUCACCAAGCCCAUCAACAUUACCAGGUAUCUGUUUCGCAGCGGAAAUAUGGAGGCCAGUGGAGAUCAAUUCAACAACACCACAGUGGAAGUGCUGCCUAGCAAUGCGUCAGCACAGGACAAACUGGUGGCUGCUUCUCCUUCUUCCUACAAAGAAUCUGAUAAUGGUUUCAUCAUAAUUGGUGCGUUUGUGGAGGGGCUAGCCGCGGGGGACGUUGAAGAGUCUCUGCAGCCGAUCUCUGCACUCCGCCUGAUGGUUCACUCUGACGCCAACGUCUGGGCUCUACUGAGCGAGAUUCUGAUUCAAGUUUGAUGUUGGCAGCAAAGUGGAAACCACACACACACACACACACACACACACACACACACACACACACACACACACACACACACACACACACACACACACACACACACACACACACACACACACACGGUGCUUCACCUGAGCAGACUGCUGCCCCCGCUGGAAAGAGGCUUUCAGUCACCAGGAUUACGUGAAGUGCCUCGAGCUGCUGUGAGCCAGGAGUCCGACUGCAGCCGGCGUCACGGUCACACGCUGCGCCCCAGGGGAUGACCCCCCCCCCCCCCCCCCGCCAAUGACCCAAUGCCCCUCCAGUAGAUCUGCUCUGGCGCCGACUCUGAGCUCACGUUGUCCCAUACCAUAACAUACCUGUUUCUUCGAUGCUCUGCAUCAUUCAUACGCUCUGGUGGUAUGAGAAUAUCGUGGAGUCUGUCCAGAAAUGUGAGACAAUGGGCUGUGUUGUAUGGUCCAAGGUUGGCAUGACGGUGGAGGACACCAUGCGUAUUGGAGAUGGCAGUGCACAUUGUGAUGUUCCCACCACCCGUGAGCGGCACUAGUAGUGAGUUGCCGUCCAUGGGGAAAGAUGGAUAAAGCAAAAAAGCUGUCGGGGGCUGAAAACAGGAAAAGAAAGAGGGAAAAGGAGAUGGCAUGUCAAGGGAAGCGACAACAGUUAAAUAUGUUUUGGUAUGAAUUCUUGUGACGUUAGUGAUGUGUUAGCAUGGAAGUAAUAUGGGUGGCAAGUUAGCUAUAUAAUGGUAAUAGACUACUUAGGAUUAUUGCCUUAAAUAGCUAACAUUAGCCAUACAUGUCUUUAAUUUCUUUCAUGCUGUUGUUUUCUUUUUUAGGGAGAGCUUAGCAAGAAUGAAUCCAAAGUUUCCUGCUCAAAUUAUUAUUCAAAAAUAUUUUCCAUUGUGUUUAAUGAUGGAGUGGAAUUGAACAUUUAGAGCUGACGUUAAAUAGGAUUAACCGGUUAAGGUCCUAGGUAGUCUAUUAGCAUUAUAUAGCUAACUUGCCACCCAUAUUACUUCCAUGCUAACAAUAACACAUCACUAACGUGUCAAGAAUUCAUACCUAAAACAUAUUGAAUCAUUCACGCAGAGACACUUACACUCACCGACGGACUGGCCAUCUGGCAUACCGGGCAUUUUCCCAGUGGGCCGACAUGCUAUUGGGCCGACAGUCCCGACACUUUUUUAUUUAUUUAUAUAUUGGUCUGACUGGCCCAUAAAACUAGUUGAUCAGCGGCCCGAUUGACACUGGGCCGGUCCAAUCACAUCCUUAAACACCGACCCCCUGCCUGCGUAAUGCAUUCGGCAAAAAAAAAGUCAGCGCAAGGUCUGGGCCCAUUGCUUAUUUUCUUCACUGACACAGGGCUCGCCUAAUCAUAUCAUGGAACCCCUCCCCCCUUUGGUUCGGUGAACCGGUAACGUAAUCUGUUCGGAUCUUUGAAAAUGGAGAAAAAACGAAAAGGAGGUGCGAAGAAACUGCGAGAAAAGAAAAAGCUGGCUCUUCAAGCCAAUGGCCUUCAUUAGAGAUGGAUUUCAUGAUUGUUUUCCAGGAUUCAGUUCGCUUCGGUCAAUUCGCCAAGAAGAAUCGUUCAGAAUCGUUCGUUCAGUCGCGUUUCCGGUACAACGUCAUUCAGCGGGGAAUCAUGGAAUGCACGGUUCUCAGCUCCUCCUUCGCAAACGAUUGUGGAAACAGUCAACACAACACCGUAGUUCAAGGCAAAUACAUAGCUUUAACUUCAUGAUUAUGUGUACUUUUAGACAACACAACAGUGGCUAAUGUGUACAUUCAACUUGACAUGUAUUGAAGGUAAAUACUGAUAGAGUAGACUACGGCUUGAUCUGCAAAUGUAUUGUCUUACUUUUUUUUGUUCUCUCAGCAAGGGCUACUAAAUAAAGUAAUAAUGACUCAA